CACGAUUUCCGUGAGCAGCAGCGCGGUGGCCAUCGAAAGUGGUUUGACAGUGUCUCCCGCGCAGAGAUGUGUCUCUCUCAGUGAUUCACAUGGAUAUAGCCCUGCUCAAAGGAGUUGGUUUUAAAUCCACACACCGAAACAUGCCUUCAAAGUAGCAUUUGCAAAGUUGAACUUGUAUUAUCCGUGUUGCAAUUUUUAAUUUCAUAAACAUUCAAAGCUUUUGUUUUCUUUUGAAAUUGCAAUUUUCUUUUUGAUUGCCCAGCGCCUCUUUGCAAUUUCCUGAAUUUUUUUUUAUUAAUGUGUGUUGUGUGUGCGUGGCUUCGCUCGGAUUUGCUAAAUCGAUGCUGAACAUGACAGAGGAGCACGAGAAGCUGGCGGCCGAGGUGGCGUGCAGCCCGGGUUGCAGCGGCUCCGAGAGCGAGUCGGUGGGAUCCCCGGGCUCGCUGUCGGACGGCGAGGCUCCCCACGCCGGGAUGUCCGAGUCGGAGGACUCGGGGAGCUGCGGCCGCCCGCUCUCCGCCGCUAACAGCAAGAAGAUGAGCGGCGGCGGGGAAGAGGACGAGCGCUUCCCAGCCUGUAUCCGAGAGGCGGUGAGCCAAGUGCUGAAGGGAUACGACUGGACCCUGGUGCCCAUGCCGGUGCGCAUCAACGGCACCUCCAAGAACAAGCCGCACGUCAAGAGACCCAUGAACGCGUUCAUGGUUUGGGCGCAAGCAGCCCGUCGGAAACUCGCGGACCAGUACCCGCACCUUCACAACGCCGAGCUCAGCAAAACCCUGGGCAAACUCUGGCGGUUACUGAGCGAGAAUGAGAAGCGGCCCUUCGUGGAAGAAGCCGAGCGCCUGAGAGUCCAGCACAAGAAGGACCACCCCGACUACAAGUACCAGCCCCGCCGGAGAAAGAGCGUCAAGAACGGGCAGGCGGAGUCCGACCAGGGCGCCGAGCAAAGCCACUUGCCCGUCAGCCAGCUGUACAAAGGCGGGCACCCCGGGGACAGUCUCCCCGGGGGGAGAACCAUUUCCGAUGGGCACCACCCGUCAGAGCACACAGGGCAUGCUCAAGGGCCCCCGACACCCCCCACAACCCCCAAAACUGACCUGCAUACAGGGAAGCAUGAGCUGAAAAGGGAGGGGCGCCCCAUGGCAGAGAAUGGCCGCCAGAACAUUGACUUCAGCAAUGUGGACAUCAGCGAGCUGAGCAGUGAGGUCAUCAACAACAUGGAGACAUUUGAUGUCCAUGAGUUUGACCAGUACCUGCCACUGAAUGGCCACGGUGUGCCUCUGUCUUCUGAUCACAGCCAUGGACCGAACGCGGCAGGCUCCUACAGUGCAACCUACAUAACCAGCAGCAGCCCUGCCCAAGUCGUCUGGAACCAUAAGAGUGUCUCAUCCUCUUCACCUUCGUCAUCGGUCUCCAGUGAACCGAGUCAGCAAAGGCCGCACAUUAAGACCGAACAGCUCAGCCCAAGCCACUACAAUGACCAACAGCAUGGCUCUUCACCACAAACCGAUUAUAACUCCUACAGCAACCAGGGAUGCACACCUGCCAGUGCCACAGCAGUCACCUUUUCUGGCUCACAGUGUGACUAUACAGAUGUCCAGGGUCCCAAUUACUACAAUCCUUACUCUGGAUACCCUUCCAGCAUCUACCAGUAUCCAUAUUUCCAUUCAUCUCGUCGCUCUUAUGCUUCACCCCUCCUGAAUACUCUGUCCAUACCUCCAUCCCACAGUCCAACUAACUGGGACCAACCAGUCUACACGACCCUCACCAGGCCAUAGGAAGUCCUUGCUGCCCAGCAGAUAUGCUGGGUGGGGGUGGCGGGGUGGGGGGUGGUGCAUAGGGAAUUGGGAUAUCUGGGAAACAGUGAACUCAAGAAGCCCUGAGACUUAAGCAGUCUUCCAUGGCAUUAUGCACUAAUGAAGGACUGAACAAGUGGAGCACUGUGCCAUUCCAGUUUAAGUGCCUGCUGAUUCAAAAGGUUGCCAAUCCUGGUCAAUGAAAACCACCACUUGCUUUUAGUUUAAACAAAGAAGAAACACAAAGCUUUUGGUUGAGACAGAUUUCCAGGUUGAUUACAGACAAGAAUAGGAACCUCGAAAAUCCUCUGUGAGGACAAAGGACGCUUAAAUGAAAUUGGUCAAAUUCUGAAAAAUAAAUGUGUUUGUGAAAGGAGGUACUACACGUAUUGAAGAGUUCUUGAAUUUUGAAACAUUGCAUUUCUGAAACUUGGAAAGUUGUUGAAAUGUGUAUUUAUCUUAUGUAUUUUUUUCCCCUUUUUAUUUGGAAUAAUUCCAGCAACAAAAAUAAUGGACUUUCAGGUGGGAAUGUAUGUAAUCUUGGAGCGUGUAGCUUGAGGGAGUAUAAGUCUGUUAAAUUAUUUCCCACAGGAGGAGAGAUAGUUCUUGAUUUUGAUUAGUGAACCAACUAUUCUGUAUAUCGAAACAGAAACUAUACCUUACAAGACAUGUUACACGCUUUGGAAUCAUGUGUUUAUCACCUGAGCUGAAUUUCUGGAGAAAAUGGUAAUGCUUUUCUAACAGAGGAGUUCUAAGAAAGUUUGUUCCUUUUCAAAUAGGCGAUUGGGGAACCAGAUAUUUUAGCCAAUAAGCUGUGAAUCUUUUAAUUCUCCUUGACAAUAAAACUGCACCUAUAUUAACAAAUGCUGUCCAAUAAGUAGAGUAGUCUAAUACUGUCUUUUGUUCUCCAGUUUCAAUUGUAUGCUAAGCAUAUAAACUCGUUUUCCAUUUAAGUGCUAACUUGUGCCUUUAAAUGUUUGCAAAACUAAAAAAAAAAUAUUUUUUAAUGCUAAUUUUUACUUCUAUUUUUGGAAAAAAAGUGUUCUUUUGGUAAAUUCCUUUUUUGCAAACCAUUUUCUGUAUAAAGUUUGAUAAAAAUCAACUGUAACUUAACCAUUCUGUGUUUGUAUUAGAAACUUCUGUUAGAGAUAUGCAGAAUAAUGUCUGACUAAGCAACGUUAACUUUUGUACAGGUAAAAUUUGUCAAGAUUAAAAACAAAGCUUUUUACUGUA